GUCUUUCGAUAAUUAAUGUUUCAUUUAAUAAAAUUCAAUGUGUUUUUGCACUCCUCGACGACUAUCGUGACACCGGUGAUAAUGGACACAGGAGGAGACCAAGACCCAAAUAAUCACACAUCAAGUGCAAAGUCUUGUGAAUACAGAGAGAAUGCCGACGCGGAUGAAGAGGGUCUGUUCAACCAUUCGACCACGCUCACCAACAGGCAGCGUGGCAAUGAAGUUAAUGCACGCCCAACAAAGUUAGACUCUCUGUCCAUACAUCAGCUCGCCGCCCAGGGUGAGGUUUUGCAAGUGGCAGUCCAACUAAAUAAAGACAGUUCGCUGCUGAGCAAACAGGAUGAAGGGGGCUUCACUCCUCUUAUGUGGGCAGCGGCGUUUGGAGAGAAAACAGUGGUGGACUUGCUCUUGGAAAAGGGCGCAGACCCCAAAAUAGUUGCAAGGGACCGAGAAAGUGCGCUGACGCUGGCCAGCUCCGGAGGCUACGUGGACAUCAUCGAGGCUCUCCUAAGACGUGGGGUUGACGUCAACGCCUAUGACUGGAAUGGAGGGACUCCGCUUCUGUAUGCUGUUCGAGGAAACCAUGUUAAAUGUGUAGAGGCGCUUUUAGCUAAAGGCGCUGACAUGACCACAGAGUCCGAUUCUGGCUACAGUGCAAUGGCCUUAGCUGUUGCUCUCGGAUACAAAAAGAUUCAGAAGGUGUUGGAGGACCAUAUCCUGAGACACUAUAAUCCAACAUGCCGAUAAAUUAAACACCUAGAAAGUACUUAUUUUUGUUUAGUUUGUAUGCAAGGCAGUAUAACAAAAAUGGAUCAAUAAUUGCUAACUGUGCAACUCGCAGGAUUGUUCAAUUUGGCUGUAGACCAGCAACAAUGAAUGUAAACAAGUUGUAAUAAAUUAAUUUUGUUAUGG